UUACAGGCUCCUAUUAAGUCGAUCUACCCUCCCAGGGGUCUCACAUUUUCAUGUAUUCCCCGUAAAGGCUCACCAGCAUGCCAGUGUGUGCCUUUUGAAGUGCAUGAGAGUUACUUGAUCCAGCUGAGAGAAGAAAUCGCUGCUAAAAGCACAGUCUCCAGCUUUCUUCCUCCACGAGAGUAAUCCGAGUGAGUUUACUCAUAUCUACAUCUGUAAGACAUCAUCUUUUCUGUAACCUUAGUCAUCUAUGUGAGUCAACAGAAGUAAGAAAGGAGGAACGAUUUCCUCGUAGACGAGGCGAGGCGUUUAUAUCCCGAAUGUUCUGUGUGUGGAAGUAAGGAAGGGCUGAAGCGAAAACAACGUGUUUACCAAUCUCUGCGAAAGAAAACACGCUCUUGAUCUGCGUGACCAGACCAGUGAUCGACAAGUUAAAGAAACCUGUGAGCUGAUUGAUAACGGUUAUUCCAUCUGGAUAGCUACUAUUGUGAACUUUGUGUCCUUUGUUUUGGUUUUUUUUUUUUUUUUGGUGCUGCUUGUGGUUGUUGUAUGUAAGGAAUAUUUUGGGUAUUUCAUUUUUUCUUUGCGCAUUGAACGGUGUGAGUCAUGACUUCUGGUUAUGCCCAUGUAAUGGACAGGCAAGCUUCGAUUUCCAGUCGUCUGGAGAGCCCGAUUACAGCAAAUCUGGAAAAUCUUCAGGCUAAAAAGAACUUCUCAGUAAGUCACCUGUUGGAUCUGGAGGAGGCAGGGGAGAUGGUGGGGACUCACCAGGAAGAAGGUGCCGGAGAGGCGGGCAGGAGUAUGCUGGAGUCUCCUGGGCUGACAAGCGGCAGCGACACCACACAGCAGGAGAAUGAUCAAUUAAACUCAGAGGAGAAGAAGAAAAGGAAACAGCGACGUAAUAGAACCACGUUCAACAGCAGCCAGUUACAGGCACUAGAGAGAGUUUUUGAGAGGACGCACUACCCCGAUGCCUUUGUGCGAGAGGACCUGGCACGCAGAGUGAACCUGACCGAGGCCCGAGUCCAGGUGUGGUUUCAGAACCGAAGGGCCAAGUUCCGUCGGAAUGAGCGAGCUAUGCUGGCCAGUAAAAACGCCUCCCUGCUCAAGUCCUACUCUGGAGAUGUGACGGCAGUGGAGCAGCCAAUAGUGCCUCGCCCUGCACCCCGACCCAAUGAUUACCUGUCCUGGGGCACUGCCUCUCCAUACAGCUGGUAUCCAAGUCCGGAAGGCGUGCCAAUGAGAGUCUCACAGAAAAUGCUGCCUUCAGAAUGCAAUGCCAUGGCUACCUACCCACCCACAUGCGCUAACACCAAUACCACCCAGGGAAUGAACAUGGCGAAUAGCAUCGCCAACCUGCGCCUCAAAGCAAAGGAGUACAGCUUAAACCAGGUGCCAACAGUGAACUGAAAGCAACAACCAACAUGCGCUACAAGAUUAUGACUGCACCUGCUUUCACAAAGACCUGCCCAAGACUGACCAUGGCUGGCAAAAUCCAUCUCUUGGGAAUUACAACUAAAGCUUACUCUAGGUUGUGCAUCACUCCACUGAUGAACAUUUCUAAGAUGCGAAAUCCAAUCAGACAGUAAAAGACUGAAUAAAACUUGAAGUGUUAAGAAUAUUAUGCCAUGGCAUGCUUCUUUAGACACUGUAACACUAAUACACUUGUAUAUAAUUAGAACAAAUAUCGCCCCCCCCCCCCCCCC